AUGGACUCAACACCGGAUCAGGACCGACGGGUGGGGGACCUAUUGGAUCAGCUUUGUCACCUUCGUGAACAAUUGCGUCUCUUGAACCGACCCCUUGAAGAACAGGACAAAGGUGAUGGAGAGCGAAAGGAGUUGCUCAAACGAGUGGGCACCGUAUCUCAUCAACUGGCGUUAGCCGCCCAGGAACCUCAUGAAGCAUAUUGGGAUCUAAUUCGUAGAGACAUGGAGGUCUUUCGCUACCUAAAGGAGCACGGAGGCAUGAAAAUUGAUGAAUUGGCAUCUAACCUGGGAGCAGAGGAAGGCCUAAUCGAGGGUCUUUUGGUGCAAUCCGAGCAGGGCAUCUAUAGCCUGACCGAACACGGGCUUAUUUUUGCCCUCCCUGCCUACGAAGACUCCUGUAAAUUUGCGGUAGAGUUCCUUCCAGUGGUUCUGUUCAAUCCGACUUUCUUCCAGCAAUACGGUUAUCGUGAACCCCGCUCGCAUGAUGGAUUUGAUACUCCACUGGCUGCAUACUUCAAAAAGCCAGGGUAUGGCUUCUUCGACUAUCUCCGUGAUCAUCCCAGCGUACAGAAGCUUUUCAUCUCAGCAAUGCACGCUCAAGCUCGCACCCAGAGUAUUCUGUGCUCAGUGUAUGACUACGAGGCACGGUUGCCUCUGGUUGGGGAUGACCCAUCCGCUGUCGCUAUUGUGGACGUCGGAGGGAGUCAAGGGGAACUACUCCUGGAUCUCCGUGCUCGUUAUCCGCAGAUUAAAGGUCGGAUGAUUGUUCUAGAUCAGAAGAGCACCUUGCAGAGUCUUCUCCAGGAGCCUCCGGUGGGAAUUGAAUUAGUAGUUCACGAUAUUUUCACCGAACUACCCGUCAAAGGAGCCGCGGUGUAUCAUUUAAAAAGAAUACUCCAUGAUUGGAGUGACCACAGUGCUCGCAUUAUCCUCAAACAUGUGGUUUCUGCCAUGGACCCCGAACGGUCUAAAGUCCUGAUCAUGGAUGCGGUUCUCCCAUCGACCAAUACCUCGCUCUCGCAGGCAAUGGGUGAUCACUCUAUGCUUACCUUUGGUGGGAAGGAGCGAACUGAGGGGGACUGGAGAACCUUGCUGGAGAGUGUAGGAUUGGUCAUUGAACACAUAUAUCAAGGUCCUGAACCCGAGGCUCUUAUUGAGUGUCGGAAGGCUUGA